GAAUAUACGAAGGCCCCCAGGGCAGUCAUAUGACUUCAAAACAUCGUCAUCUUGCUGAGAGCGGAAGAAGUUAGGAAGACAGUGAGAUGCCGAUCCUGUACAGUGUUGUUGCCCGAGGGACCACAGUCCUGGCCAAGUUUGCCAGCUGUGCAGGGAACUUCUCAGAAGUCACAGAACAGAUCCUGUCCAGAGUGUCACCGGAAAAUGCCAAACUGACGUACUCACAUGGAAGCUACCUGUUCCACUAUGUGUCAGAAGACAGGAUCAUCUAUCUGUGCAUCACUGAUGAUGACUUUGAACGAUCCAAGGCUUUCAUGUACCUCAAUGAAGUCAAAAGAAGAUUCCAGGCAACCUAUGGAGCACGGGCACAGACAGCACUUCCCUUUGCCAUGAACAGUGAGUUUUCCAGAGUCCUGUCUACACAGAUGAAACAUUUCUCGGAGAGUAAGGACGUAGACAGAGUGUCCAAGGUUCAGGGGGAUCUGGAUGAACUGAAGGGCAUCAUGGUGAAAAACAUAGACAGCAUAGCAGCCAGAGGAGAGAGACUUGAGCUGCUGAUUGACAAGACUGAAGACCUGGAGGCAACCUCUGUGACCUUCAAGAAGACGAGUAAGAACCUGGCGCGAUCCAUGUGUAUGAAGAACCUGAAGCUCACCAUCAUUCUGGCCAUCGUCAUCAUCCUGAUAAUUUACUUCAUCGUGUCGGCAGCAUGUGGAGGUCUGAGCUGGCCCUGUACCAGAAAGACUUAGAAGAUCUGCACCUCUGCAGCUCAGUGUUUAUCCCAAGCCUGGUAUCUGCUCUGUUCUGUACUUCCAGUUCACUCCUUUGAAGAAUGUUGGCAGAACAUACUUCACCUGUGACGUAUAAUGCACAUCGGCAGAACGUCAUGUUUAAGGUGGUGUUUGCAUAUUUAAGGAUGACAUCCCAUCUACUAUAGUUUUCAAAUAUUUCAUGUUUGGUGCAAUGUUGACCAGACAUCCAACAAAAACUGUAAAAAAAAUUCAGGUUUCACACAGGUGCAGUACAUUCUGCCAAUGUGUCUUCUUCUGAUUGCUUACACUGCUGAAUAGUCGCACAGUGCUGAAUAGGCACACUUUCAUAGACAAUUGGCAUUUAGAUAUUUGCCAUAAACAGAGUUCUGAUCUACAUGGCCCCUGUAACGAUAUGGUAAUGUGGUUACACUGCUUCUUAGAUCUGGACAAAAGAUACAGAAACUGGAAGUUCAGCUGCAGUACCAAGAUCAGCCACCGGGAGGCCCAAAUUUGACCUUGGUCUUUCCAAGACCCACCCACAUACCAAACACCGUCCCAAUCCAUAAAGGCCUUCUCAAGUUAUGCUGACCUCAAAUAUGCAGAAACACAGACACACACAGACGGGCCAAAAACAAUACCUCCAUUUUUUUCAUGGAGGUAAUAAUGCAUGACAUACAGACUAAACAUUACAGUUGGGCUGGGUGCCAGGCUAUUCUGCAGAUGUACAAUUAGAAAAGUGAAUCGGAGCUAGAACAGGAUGGAUACCAGGCUAGUUCAUCCCAAGAACUUUCCUCCACAGUGGAGUUUUCUGUAGUGGCUAAGAAUUACCUAAGGGAUAUACAUGUACCAUUCAACCUGUUUAAAGAAGUGUUGUCAAAAGGAAGUGUUGUCUGCAAAGUAUUUAUGCAAUAAAAAUUAACUUCAAGUUGAUUGCUUCAUCCUGUACACUGUUGAAAGAUCUGGAUAAGGACAUUAAAUGCUUAAGCCAGUAUCUGUUAUGUUUUUGCCCUGUAUCGUUUUGGUUUGUCUUGCUACUCUGUAUUUUAAAGCCAUGCGAAGAUUUUUUGAUAGGAAAAUAAAAAUACAACAUUUGGAAAAAUAAAUUGUUUUGGGAACACAUUUUUGGCUAGUUUAGUCAGUCCUUUUCAUGCUUUUAGUCUCCAGAUUUGAGCAAAAUAUUAGAUUAAAUUUAAGCAAAAAGGCCUGUAGAUUCUGACUUAUACUGAUAAUUAUUCACUAACACAAGACUAUCCAUAGGUAUAUCCAGUGUAGUGCUAGUUAUUGACUAUUGCCACAACCAAAGCUUAAUUUGUAGAGGAACACUAUAUACCAUUUACAAAUCUAAACCCUAUACCAUCGGUACUAACUGCAGACAAGCCCAAAUCACCUACAGUGUACAUGUACAUUGUUAGUUUUACACAUUUUCAACAUUCUCAGACUGAUUUCCACUAAUUUGAGUGCUACUGACUCACAAUAUAUUCACUAUACAUUUGCAUAGCAAACUCCGUCUCAACUGUAUUUACUUAUAGAUAUUUGCUUUUACAUGAUUUUUUUCCUAGUGUAGAGACUGUAUUUAUACUGUUAAAUUUUGCUAGGCUUGUAUCGUAUCUAGAACCCUAGUUCUGUGCUUGAAUGGGUUAGCAUUAGGAUCAGGCACAGUUCUGGACAGUCUACGUGUAUCCAAGAAUGUAACUCUGCCCCAUGCAUGGUUCUGGAUAGGUCUGAAUAUCCCAACUAUGCCUGGACACAGUUCUGGAUAAAGCAUGUUUUUGGAUACAAGAGCUCGUAAAAGAUGGUGGUCAAUGUAGAUAACUAAUGUUUAAAAAAUUCUGGUUACUUCAAAGUAUACAUCCUCUAUAGAUAUGACCUAGCCCUUGUAUAAUGAUCAUUGCUAUGUUACAUGCUGGCUUGCAUUGUUUAAUGCUGCUAGUACGUGUUGUGUGUACAUAUAUACAUGUAUCUAGUCUUGUACAUCGGUAAGGCUUCAAUAGGUGUAUAUAUUCAUAAUAUAAAAUUGUAACUUGAUACUUUUGUGUAGCAGGAAUGACACAAUAUUGGGCCAGUAAUGUAGCCAUGCUUUGCUUUGUCUGUGUACUUUAUAAAUUAUCACUUACUUUUGGUGAAGUUUUCAAACAGCACAAGAAAACAGUGACUCAAGCAACUACAUUUUGUACUUGCAAACUGUUGGACGUUUCAAGUAGCAUCCACUACUUUUUAUCAGUGGCUAGUGUAUCUCAUUACCUUGAUGUCUAACCUUCAUUGACAUAUUCAAUCAUUAGUAUCUACAUCUUAAUUGAAUAGUUAAACUGUCAGACAAAUGCAUCGGUGCAGAGAACUUAGUGGCAGAACAGUAGAAUAUCACCUGUAUUGUUUCUUGAGUAUAUAUAGUGUUGGAGAAAAUAUUCAUUCCACAUGGUUUUAGUCCUACAGAGAUAUGCAUCAAUCUGUAUAGCCUGUAUAACCGCCCUUCAGCAUGUCCAUGUUUGGUGUAUUACACCAAACAACCUGUUACACCUAACCUGGUAACUGUAAGCAGGAGUUGUUUAAAGCUGUCUAGUGAGUGAGAGUGAGUGAUAAUGCCCCAAAUGUACUUGGUGGAAGUGAAUUUCACUCCAUGACAGUUG